AAUGAGAGAGCUGGUUUUUUCAGGUAGGCCAUGCAUCAUCCCUUAAAAGCAGCAGCGGCUCCUCCACCGGUCCACUGGAGCUGAGGUUGUUCAGGGCGAAACGAUGGCAGCGGCUACAGCUCAACACGCGCGCAACUUGCCCAGUGGCGCCGGCAUCUUCAUGACCGCACCGGAUAUUUUAUACCUCCCGGAACUUCUCUUCGGCGGGCUGGUGUGGAUCCUGGUGGCCGUCACGCACGUCGAGCCAGCCAAUCCGCAGGGCUGGGUGAUGUUCGUGUCCGUCUUCUGCUUCGUGAUGACCUUCCUGUGGUUUGUGAUCUUCGCCUGUGGGGGGCACAGAAACAGCGGAUCGUGGGCAGCUGCGGACUUUGUGUACCACGCGCUGGCAGUGAUUUUUUACCUCAGCUCCUCAGUGUCCCUGGCCUCGACAACCAUCGCCUUUGGGAUUCUAGCACCAAGCUCCGUGACCUACAAAGCUGACAUUGCUGCAGUUGUGUUUUCGUACGUGGCCAUGCUGCUCUACUUCAUACACUUCAUUCUGUCGGCCAUCAGGUGGAAGGACUUCUAGAGCCCGCCAGGCCUGUGUGGAGAGAGCGGAGUGCUGCAUGGCCGAUCUGAGAGAACUGAGCUCGAGUUUCAGCACUGGAGCUUUUGUCCUCGAAUCAAGCAGAAUUAUAAAAACUAAAAAAAACGAACCCCACGGUAAUAACACAUAUCAAAACUUGUUAACAUAAAAUGUCCCCUAGCACAUAUCACAUGUUAAAUGUGCAUUUCCUUUCAGACUGCAUUGCUGAUUGUUUCUGUUUUAUUAAUUACAGAUAUGCAUUUUAAUUUUUACCAGAAUAGAACAGCGCAGAGCUUUACUGUCCACAGAAGUGGAAAUUUGCCUUUGGCUUUACAAAGCCGGCCAAAAAAAGUCAUUGGUAUUACAUUUGUAUAGUAUUUUAUUAUUAUAUCGUAUCAUAUUUUUUUGUGUUGUAUUUGAUUGUUGGAUUAAGCUCAAAUGACAGGUUUUCUGCUGAAAGAAUGAAUGUGCUUAUGCCAGGAAGGGGUUCAGUGUUUGUAUACCUGGCCAUAGGUACAUGGAGGGAACCUGGAAACAGAGAGGGGAUAUGGGGAAGGUAAUUAUUACAUUCAGAAAAAUAGUGUUUCUACAAAAGCACACAGACAAUACAGUGAUAAAUGUGAAGUGUGUAGUUCCAUAUUUGGAGUGCAGAGAAGUGGAGAAGGCAAAUGUGCAUUGAUAUUGACAUUUACAUUUACAUUAUAUAUGUAAACUUUCUAACACUGGAUGACCCGUGACAGUUUUAGCUCUCACCUUGUAUCCGAUCAUUUUUUUCCCAUCUGUUCAUAAACAUUAAAAGUAUGCCUAAAAUGCAACAUGUACCAUACUGCAAGUGUCAUGAUGUUCAUGCCAGGCCAAGCAGGAAGUCCAUCAUACCAUAGAUGUUUAACGGGCAGGCGCACACUUAAGCAUUUAUGCCAUAGACGUGUGAUGUCUUUGAUGUGCUGGAGUUGUUGGGAUAAAAAUCCAUAUCAGCCUAGGUUUGGUGCCCUUUAGUCUAUGAAUACUCUACCUUUAUCAGUUCACUGUCAUUGUUCUUGGGGUACAAGAACAAAAACAAGAACUCCCUCACCCUGCCAAGAACCGGAAACUCUACCUUCAUCAACGCAGCAGUCAAGAAUGCGCACAAGAAUACAUAUUUGCCCUGCCUGUUCCUUUCGAGAAAUGCAACUUCGUGAAGCGGAUAAGAAGCCCUCAUCUACUCCUGGGCCAACUAAUCUGAGCUGAAGGUGUGGAAUGAGAUGCACGUGUAGAAAAUAUGGACAUGAAAAAUAUAUAUCCAGCCACCAGACCCACCAGUCAUGUUCUGUUCCUCACAUAUGUACAUUGCCUUCAACUCCUGUGUGCAUAUGAAUCCACUGAGAUAAUUGUACUGUAUCUGUCACAAAUAAAAGUUAUGGAGAUCA